AACAGUGAGAGGUUGAAAUCCCAGCUGUUUCCUUGUCGCCUUAUCUACAAUCUUGUUGCUUGCAGCACUAUCUUACUACUUUCAUUCUACACCUUCUGCCGCCAGAGUAGGACUAUCAGCUUCCAUACGCUCCGAAACUCUGUGGCCCCUUGUCACUCUCAGAGACCCUAUCUCCAGGUGUUGAGCUGUAGUUCUUUCUCUUUUCUCCAAGGCUUUUCACUGCUGUGCCUCACCAUGUGUAUCCAGCACUGUUCCAAGUUUAUUGGGGUGUCCCUGUACCCCUUCUGUGCUAUCAGCAUCAUCUGUAAUAUCCUAUUGUUCUUCCCGGGAUGGAGUGUGGAUGCCAUCAAUAACCCAAAUGUGAAAAUGACCCCGGAGGUUCUUUAUCUUGGAGGUCUCUUGGGCAGUGGCAUUAUGGUUCUGAUUCCUGCAAUCUAUGUCCACUGCAUAGGAAAGCCUGGAAAAUGUAGCAACCGCUGUGGGAUGUUCCUCUCUAUCAUAUUCUCGGCCGUGGGGGUGUGUGGUGCUCUCUAUGGUCUUGUUGUCUCAGCUCUGGGUCUGGCCAAUGGUCCUCGCUGUGAGUACCUGUUUUUAAGCGGCCGGGUGCAAUGGGCAAUCCCUUUCAAACUGCCUCUGGAAUUUUUGAACAUCGACAGGAGUUACCUCUUCAAUAGAGACGCCUGGGAUCGGUGUCUUCAGCCAGCUGGUGUGGUUGAAUUUAAUAUCGUUUUCUUUUCCACCAUCCUGGCCUCGAGCUGUAUCCAGUUGGUGCUCUGCGCUAUCCAGAUGCUGAAUGGGUUGUUUGGUUGCCUUUUCGGCACAUGUUCCAGGAAAUACUAACAAAAUCCAUGAUCCAGUCUCUAGUUUCCUUACAAAAUAUUAAUAUGUGACCAGGAGUGGGUGGAUUUGCACGUGGAAGAACAAGCUGCUUCUAAAUGGAAACAUAACAUACCUCCCAUGAGCCGACCAGAGGAUUCUUCCAGUUCCACCAUUGUGUGCCCCUUGGAGGAAGCCAUUCCCAACGGAGAGGAUUAUGGGUAGGGAUAUCUAUCAUCGAGCCAAAUCAAGCAGAGAGGCUUCUGGGAAUGACAUCCUUUGCAGAUUCUUACCCCCCAUGAAGCCGUAUAGACCGGACACUUUUCUUUAAAUUCUCUCCUGUGUGUGAUGUUGAGAAAUUGAAUUAAAUCAAAUGCUAAAAUAUA